CGCCCCACCCGCGAGGCCGGCUGCUGCCCUGACUCCGGAAGGACUCGGGCCAGUUGCCGGAUGUGACGCAGCGGCCAAGGCGCGCAGGAGGCCGCGGAGAAAGCAAAGAGAAGGCCCGGUCCGAGGUCUGGCAGUCAGUGACAGAGUCGGGCACCCACAGCCCGAGCGCCCCCGGCGGCACCAUGCCUGCGCUCUUGGAGCGCCCCAAGCUUUCCAACGCCAUGGCCAGGGCGUUGCACCGGCACAUCAUGAUGGAGCGGGAGCGCAAGCGCCAGGAGGAAGAAGAAGUGGACAAGAUGAUGGAACAGAAAAUGAAGGAAGAGCAGGAGAGAAGGAAGAAAAAGGAGAUGGAAGAGAGAAUGUCACUAGAGGAGACAAAGGAACAAAUCCUGAAGUUGCAGGAGAAGCUUUUGGCCCUACAGGAAGAGAAGCACCAGCUUUUUCUGCAGCUCAAGAAAGUUUUACAUGAGGAAGAAAAACGAAGGCGCAAGGAGCAGAGUGACCUGACCACUCUGACAUCAGCUGCGUACCAGCAGGGCCUGACUGUCCACACAGGAACUCACCUCCUCAGCAUGCAGGGGAGCCCUGGAGGACACAAUCGCCCAGGCACCCUCAUGGCAGCUGACAGAGCCAAACAGAUGUUUGGACCCCAAGUGCUUACGACCCGGCACUAUGUGGGCUCAGCAGCUGCUUUCGCAGGGACCCCAGAGCACGGGCAAUUCCAAGGUAGCCCAGGCGGCGCCUAUGGGACUGCUCAGCCCCCACCUCACUAUGGACCCACACAGCCUGCCUAUAGUCCUAGUCAGCAGCUCAGAGCACCUUCAGCAUUUCCUGCAGUGCAGUACCUGUCUCAGCCACAGCCACAGCCCUAUGCCGUGCACAGCCACUUCCAGCCCACCCAGACAGGGUUCCUCCAGCCUGGCAGUGCCUUGUCCUUGCAAAAGCAGAUGGAACACGCUAACCAGCAGACUGGCUUCUCUGAUUCAUCCUCCCUGCGUCCCAUGCACCCCCAAGCUCUACAUCCAGCCCCUGGACUCCUUGCCUCCCCCCAGCUCCCUGUGCAGAUGCAACCAGCAGGAAAGUCGGGCUUUGCAGCAACCAGCCAACCUGGCCCUCGGCUCCCCUUCAUCCAGCACAGCCAGAACCCACGAUUCUACCACAAGUGACCAUCGGAUUUUAUCUUCAGCCUCACCCCCACCCCCUGCGAUGGGUGAGGGUCCCUGGUGUGUCCCAGUCCUAGGCCAAUAAAAUCUAUCUGCCACUG